GACAACGACAAGUGGCCAAGCUGCUCAUUCCAUCAGUCAUGUCAACAUUGAGAAGAAUCCAAAAAAACAAUCAGCAACAAGUCGACAAGUUGUUGGCGAGACGACCCAUCUCAAUUUAUUUUGAUUGAAAUGUAGUAGGAUAACAUCUACAUGGAAGAACAGAAAGUCUUGAGAUAUCAAGGGGACACCAUCCAUCCCCUCGAUGUGUCCGGGCACAGGAAGAUUGCCCGGGCACCGGGCAGUCUCGCAGUCUACCAUACCACCCGCCUCUGUAAAAGGCUGAUUCAGCCCAAGAAUGAGUUUGACCUCAGUGACCCCAGGGGCUCUCUGAUCAACUCAGAGUAUAACAGCCUCCAUGAUCCCAACCUGAGAGGCUACCUCUACCGCAAGGACAUCCACCAGAGGCUCAUUAGAGGUGGCUUCAUCACAAAGGAUGAUAAAGUGAUCUGCUCUCUAAGGAGUUUGAACAGGUACAGAGAACACGUGGCGGACGUGGAGAAGGCCUGGGGCUGCAGGUUCAGGGCAGAACAGAAGGAGAUGGUCCGAACGUUCCUGACUUUGCAAGAGCAGGGACGGAUCAGCUCUGAAGUGACUGUGGCCGAUGUGACCGACUGGAUUUGGCGGUCCAUGCCAGCCUUGAGACUGCAGCAUCUCCCUGCCAUUGCUAAGAGGUGCAGUGCCAUAGAGGUCUCACCGGGCUCCACUGGCAGAUCUGAACUGAUGUGGAGCGUUAGAGGCAUUUGGAUGAGUGAGGAGGUCACUAGGGAGGUACAGAGGGAGAUGAGACUCGAACGUCGCUGGGUCGACUCCAAAAUCAACAAGGAAAAGAAGAGGGAGGAGCGGAUUCAGGGGAAACUGAAGAAAGUGAAAAAGACUGUAAAAUCCAAAAGCAAAAAUGUUUCUCAGGAAGGUCUAUCGAGUGAAGACCCACACUUACCGCCUAAGAAGAUUGAAACGCGUAUAGGAGGCCAGGGGGAACCCUCCCAAUCCCUGGACGUGUCCUCAUCCCUGCCUACCUCUUCCAAAGUACCUUCUCCCAGAGGAGACCUUACAACUAAGCUGUGUGAAAGGUGGGAAGAGCUCGGUGUAGGGAAAACGGCAUCUCCACUGAAGUCUCCAUGUCAGCAUUCCCCCCCUCAUGCAGAUAUUGACCUCAUCUUUCCCUUAACACCAAAUGACAGAGUUCGCUCCAGCCGACAAAACUCACCUGAGAGAAACAUUUCUCUCGUCAAGCAGCAUCUGUUUUCUGAUGCAAAGAAGAAACUCUCUGAAAUAUGCCAAAAACUGGUCAUCCAGCCGUCCACUUCACCUAGACCAGCUUCUGCAUGUGGAAUCAUACGUGGGAAGAUGCCAUCAGCUGAACAAAUCUCCUCAUGUCUGAUUGAUAUUCAGCAAACAUUACUAGAGAAUCAUUUCAAAGGAAUGGUGACAUCUGAGGAAUUGCAGAUAGUGCUUCGAGGCAUGGUGGUCACUUUAGUGGAGGAGGUCAACAACAUCCUGAUUCCGGCCAUCACUGCCUUUGAGUACGAGCGAGUACUGCCUGCCAACAGCCCAAAGGAUCUCUCCUCUUGCUACAACACAUCCUCCACUACCUCCAAAAUCUCUCCCGUCAUCACCAGCAGUUCCCAGUGCUCAAUGUCAGAGGUCCAUGUCACGUACCCCAUCUACAUGCUGCCGAACAGCAGGGGUGCGAGCCGAGUGGAGCUGUGGAGAGCCAGCUCUCCAGAGGAUGGUCAGGACGAUGACCGGCGCAGUCUCAGGAAGAAAGUGGUCGCUCCCACCGCUGGCCUUCUGCUAAAGGUGGAGAAUCUAAUUAAGGACAUCAUCAAAGACUCAGUGGAUGUCUUCUCUAAGCAGACGGGCCAAGUGAACGGCACGGCGACUGUAAGCAUCGCUAAAUGCGCGGAAGACAAAGCUGAAUCGGAUGUUAAAAUCCAAGAGGCCAAGCCUGAGGAUGAGAGAGCGAUGAAAGUUGAUGCAGAGAGGUGUUGCAUGGUUUCUCCUGAAACUACAGAUAAUCCCACUGCUGUUACCAUCAAUACCACCACUGCUGUCACCAUUGCUGAUCCCAUUGCUACCACGGAUAAAACGGCUGUUGUCACCAUGAAUACCACCACAACUCUUGUCUCCACGGAUAUCACCAACACUGCUGUCACCACGGAUGCCACUGCUAGCUUCACCAUGGAAACCAGCACCACUGCUGUCACCACAGAUGCCACUGCUGUUGUCGCUAUAGAUACCACCUUUGCUGAUACUGACUUCAGCUCUGACCGUCACCUUGUUGAACAGUCAUCUGAUAACAUCGGAAAGGACUCUGAGCAGCAGCUUGAAGCCAAUGAUGUGAUGAGUGACCCAGAAUUCAGCGGGAGCGAAGAAAGCCACGUGACCAAGGAAGCAUAUGACUGUGAGAGCACCAGCUCCGAUGCCUCGUCUGGUUUCGUGGUCAGUCUGGAGAAGAGCAUCCUGCUGUCCUCUGACCAGGUGGACGAGAUCCUCGAGAAGGUGACCUUCGCCCUGGAAGAGGAGCGUCUGUGCAGCUGGCUUACUUCCUCGCCUGAGGACAAACACAAAGAUGCAGAGGCGGUGUCUCCUCCGCCCAACAGCGUGAUCUUCGCCAUCCUCCAGAAGAUGCAGCUGGACAAGUAUCUGCAGAGGAAGCUGAUGUCCUUCUUCGUGGGAAGGCAGAUGACCAGCCUGGGAAGUCCGUCCACGUCUCCCAUGGCCGCCAGCUCCCACCCUGGAGCCCAAGAGAGCCUUUCCUGGAGCUCCCUCUCGGAGAUCAACCCCCACUCGAUCAAGGUGACCAAGUGGCUCCUUCAGACCAUUCAGAGACGCAACAGCUGGGAGGGCAGCAUGACCUCUGACAGGCAAGAGAUGGACGGCCAGCAGUUCAGAGAGAAGCAUCUCGUCUGUGAGGUCAUCCAGGCUCUGCUAGACCAUCUAAACGAUGUAAGUGCCACACGGAGCCUCAGCCGGCAGACGCAGUCUGAGAGCGACGUGCGCGCAGGUGUCACAGCCCAGGGAGGACCUGUGCACGUGGACGCUGUGGUGUCUGACACGUCUCUUGCAGCGUGCGAGUUCACAAAGGACAUUGUGUCCAAACUUCUCCUUGAAGAUAACAGCCCUUAAGUGCACUCACUAAUAACAAUCUUAAGACAUAAAAAAUAAACAUUUUCUAACUUAGA